ACACCAUGAUGCAAUGCAUGCCAGCAGCUGAUGUCAACAUGGCGUAAGGUGCCCUGCUCUUGCGAUUGCAUUGGGUCGUUUGGAUGCCUGUACAACUCUUGCCGAUUGUCAGCGAGCGCACCAAGUUGAUGCGAUUACGCAGCCGACCAUACCAGCGUUUCCAUACGGUCCUCAUGAGAAUGUCUGAGUAAAGGACCUUUGGUGACACCAGCUAUCCUGCAAUGGAGUCUCUGUUUGGGCCUGAUUCAGAGGAGCUGUGGCUGCCCCCAGAGGCAGCCGAAGGAAAUGUUGAGUACAAACUGAAGUUGGUCAACCCAUCACAGAGCCGCCUGGAGCACCUUGUCACCCAGAUGAAGUGGAGGCUACGCGAAGGCCAAGGUGAGGCCAUCUACGAGAUUGGCGUGGAGGACGGAGGCCUGCUGGUGGGACUGAGUGCAGCCGAUAUGGCCGCCUCCUUGGCCACUCUGCAGUGCAUGGCCACCAAACUGGGUGCCUCACUGACUGUGCUGCGUGAGCGCUCCAUAGGCAAUGCUCGCAAGGCAGCUGAGGUGCUGGUGCGCAAGGUUCCGGAGACCAGCAGAGCAUCGAGAUUCGGGUGGCUUGCUGGGCAGUGUGGAUGUCGGCAAGAGCACUGUCCUGGGUGUGCUCACACAGGGAGAACUGGGACAAUGGCCGUGGUAGUGCACGGCUCAACUAUUCAGGUGAGGGCUAAGUCACCAUCCGAUUCCUUGUUGUCCGACUGGGAGCACACCUCAUUGGCAUGGGGAGUGCCUCUCGCUUCUGGCUACCCGGGCAUUGCCAAGGGGUCUGGUUCAGGUUUCUUCACUCACUGCGUGGCCCUCUUCCUUUGGCUGCUUGGUUCUGGAGACUCACCAGGUCUUGCAGCACUUGGGAAGUUGUCUGGCUAA